AUGAAUCACGGUGUGACGCACGCCUCAGUUUGGGCCGCCUGCAUCUCCUUCCUGAGCGCCGCCGUGCCGCCGGCUCUGAGGACGUCGGCUCAGGGGAUCCUGCAGGGCCUCCACCUGGGCCUGGGGCGAGGCUGUGGAGCCAUGGUCGGGGGAGUGUUCGUCAACUACUUCGGUGCUGCAGCGACGUUCAGAGGAAUCGGCAUGGCCUCCCUCGUCAUCCUCCUCAUCUUCUCCUUCAUCCAGUGUCUGACCGGAGAGGCUGAAGGCAAAGAGGACAAAAUGCUGGCCGAGAACAUCCCGGUUCCCUCCAGCCCGGUCCCCAUCGCCACCAUCGACCUGGUUCAGAGCCAGAACGCCGCCGGCAGCCCGUCUCCGGCCCGCCAGGCCGCCGUGUGCCCCGUGAAGAAGACCAAGCACCAGGAGGACCAGGAGGACGUGAACCGGCCGGCCUGGGUGCUCUCCGGAGCGCCCUGGGUCGCCAUCGCCUUCGCCAUCGUCCAGAUCCGGGAGAUGAUGAGCGCGUCGAAGGGCGGCGGUCCGCCUCCAGAGACCCAACCGCUGCAGGUACCUAGUGAGCGGGCGUCGGCCGAGUACGACGCCGCCGCCACAGAAGCGCCGGCAUCCGCCUCAGAAACGCCUCCGGACAGCACCCACCCAGCAGCCACAGACUCUCACCAACAGCCUCCGACCUCGGACGGAGGAGGGCCGCAAGAAAACCCGGCGUUCACAGCAGAACACGCACACUGACGGUGCAUUUAGGAACUAUUUAUUGGAAACACGCGGCGCUUUGGGCGGGUUUUAUUGCUGCGGGGUCGUCCAUCUCAACAAGUCGGUGGUAAAAUCAGCUUAAUGGCUCAUGAUAAGCUGUAUUUAUAGAGAUUAUUUUAAACAAUUUGAUCAUAAAAUGAGGCGCAGGAAGAACCGUUUUAACGCUGAUUUAUUUAUGGCUUCAAGACUUGUUGGAAUGGAGGAUUUUAUUAGCAGCUGGGUUUUAAAUGUUGGGACUCAACUGGAGGUGAAUCAUCACCUCUGACCUCUGUGCACUAUUAUUAUUAUUAUUAUUAUUAUUAUUAUUAUUAUUAUCAUUAUUAUUAUGAACUGCCGGUGGAGUGUGAAGGGAAAACCUUCCUACGUUAAUGUGCCUCUUGUUAACUUAUUCAACUCAAAGUACUUCGAAAGUGAAGAACCGUGAUUAAAAUCUGCAGCUUUGUUCGACCGCGUUUAAAAGAAGUGACAACGUUCAGCUUUUACAACAACAUCAGCAAAACAAAGUGCGUUUUACGACCUCGUUAGUGGCCGAGGCUGCUCUCGGUUUAUCAUAUCUGCAGUUUCCACGUGCACUUUAACGCGCCGUCGACGUUUUGAUAUACUGACAGCAUCACUGUGGACUCGCCUCACUGUGAUGGUUUUACAAUAAAAGCUGCUCAGCGUCUCCCGGCUUUUAGUUUCAAGCAGCAGAAGGAGGUUUGCGGUAAUUUAAUCCAUUAAAAACAGCAACUGUUGUUAGUUUUAGUGCGUUAAACGGCGUUUUCAGGUUCAAAAAGACACCGAUGUGAUACAUUCUACAAACAGCGAGCAGAAGUACGUCUCUAAUGCGAGCUGAUAUUUCCAUAAAAUCUGUGUUUUCUUGUCGGGGAGUUAAGCUGAUAAGUGCCUCUCACAUAUUAGCGUCCCAGUCGUAUGCGUCCGCUUUGCUUUAAGAUUAAAAUAAACCUAAAUACUCUGCAGGUGUUUCCAAAGAUUCCUGUAAACAUCUGGAUACUUUUUUUUUUCAAUGCAAAAAUUAAAAAGUACCAUAAAGAUGCAUCAUGACAUGAAUUAACCUCGACACAGACACAUUUAAGUCAAAAUAAACGUUUUAUUUUUGUUCCGUUUUUGCACAAAUUAGUUCAUUUGCACCUGAUUUAACAAAAUUCAAAGAACAUAAAUUAAUAAAAGAGUUCAGCAGUUAGUCAGCAGCAGAAAUUGAUGGUUUGUUUUCAAAUAUUUAACACAUCUGGAUGGUGACAAGAUUAAAAAAACAACUGCAUUAUUUAGCCCAAACAGGCCAGAAUGUUCAGCUAAACAUCAUUUUUGCAGAAAUAUUUUCUAAUAUGCUUGAAUUUCUGUAUCAUUACUGAGCUUUUUUGCAGAACUGCAUCAUUUUUUUCCACAUUUUCUGACACCGAUACGUUAAAAAGCUUCAGUAAAACAGUGUUUUGUGAAUUCUUUAAAUGAAUUUUGGUGUUCAGAGCGUUACGAAGACACUCGGGUCAGAUUUUGUCACUUCUUUUAAAUAGAAAACCGGCUCUGGACGGACGUUUGAUUUCCUGACGUCGGUAAAGGAGCACACGGUGAAGACGAAGUGCCUCUUUUUAAGCCUCCUAAUCAUCGUUGUUGUUAUAACCUGAGAUGUCGAGCAGCGACCCCUUUAUCCGCCGUCUUCACCGACGUCUUCGUACCCAAACUGCCAACAGCCGACUCUCGCUCUGCUUCACGUCUUUGACUUUCAUGCCAAACUACUCCCAGUAUUGCGUGUUUUCUUGUUUUCUUGUCGUCUGCGUAGGAAAGCCUUAAAAAAAAACUGAAGAAACUGUGUUUACUGUCGCGGGGAGGGAACGAUUAAAGGACUUUCUGGAGCAAGAGUCAA